UACUUCCUGUUUACGUUCCCACAAAUGACGUCACGUGGUUAACGUUUAGCAAAUAGUUUCAAAACCGAAACAAUACAUAACUUGAGAGCACCACUGUGUUUUUGAUACGGCUGCGUCAUAUAGACUUUGUUGUAUCUUGCGCCGGAGAGAGUGGAAGAAGUGCGGUUUCACCUGUCCUGCUCCGUAGUUAAGGACCUGAAGAAAGCUAGCCGGGGUGCUAAAGUGAAGCUAUAGCUGUCAGCUUGCUAGCGAGUUAGCUAAAGAAAACCAUCAGCACUUCAGCAUCUUACUGAGUCCUCACCGUCUGUGUCAGCAUGGAGAACAAAUAUAAUCUCAAGAGUCCAGCGGUGAAGAGGCUGAUGAAAGAGGCUGCGGAACUGAGGGAUCCCACAGAGCACUACCACGCCCAGCCACUGGAAGAUAACCUAUUUGAAUGGCACUUUUCCGUACGCGGGCCUCCCGAUUCCGAUUUCGACGGAGGCGUGUACCACGGCAGGAUCGUUCUGCCCCCGGAAUAUCCCAUGAAGCCCCCCAGCAUCAUCCUCCUCACACCAAAUGGAAGAUUCGAAGUUGGGAAGAAGAUUUGUCUGAGCAUCUCUGGCCACCAUCCAGAGACCUGGCAGCCGUCCUGGAGCAUUCGGACUGCCCUAAUAGCUAUAAUCGGAUUCAUGCCAACAAAAGGAGAGGGCGCCAUAGGAUCUCUUGAUUAUACCCCAGAAGAAAGGAGGACCCUGGCCAAAAAGUCCCAGGACUUCUGCUGUGAGGCGUGUGGCUGCUCCAUGCGCACUGCCCUCCAGGACCUGACCCCCAACAGCCAACCCAGCGCAGAGGACUACAAGGCCAAAGAACUGGCUCAGCAAAUUAACUUUAAGGCAGAGUCCACUUCAUCCAGACAGGCUAGUGAGAGUGGAGGUGCUGAAAGCAAGCCUCCCACACUCACAGAGGAAAACGCCUCCUCGUCUGCCGGACAGGAAGCUGUUGACUGGCCUCAGGCUGAACAGCCGGAAGCGUCUCCAUCCGCUCGAAUAGAAGAAUCACAGCCCAACGCUGCCCCCGGCACCGGACGCCCUCUCAGUCCGCGACAGCGACGCAGCCAGCAGCACAACCAUCAGGGACAGAGAGAGAUCAGAGAUGCAGCCAGCAGGCCGACCUUCGCCGCUGCCCCUCGUCAGCCUCAGGAGGGAAGCCACGCGGGCUCAGCCGUCCUCAUCGUCGUGCUCACCUUGGCACUAGCCGCUCUCAUCUUCCGCAGGAUCUACCUGGCUCAAGAGUACAAGUUUGACUAUGACCUGUGACCACACACACACACACACACACACACGCACACACUAGGCCAGCCCACCUCCUCCUCCCCCUCCUCCUCCUCCUCACUCCCUGAUCAGCCUCUCCUGACCCUCAUCCCAAGUGAACUCCGACCAGCUGAAGUGGAAGCAGAGCUGAGGCAGUGGCUGAC